AUGUCCUUGCCUAAAGGCAUUCAGCUUGGUCUUCCACUCUUCGUAUUUGGUCCUGAGACACACAUGACAGCUAUUGUUUCAAUGGCGCUUGGCUUACGCGAGAUUCCUGAUGCUGGAACUAUUAGUUCAGCAGCUUUUGUCCGCCCGGCACUGUCCAUUGGCUCUGCUUUGGUUCAUACCGGAGACUUCAGAGGCCCAAAGCAUUCUCCUAAGGCGCAGGUUCGUUUUAUAUUCGGCUUUACCCUUAAUCUAUAUUGUUCUUCGUAUUUACGAUAUAAGCAUGAUUUCGCCAGUAUUUUAGAAGUUCUAAAUUUUUUUACUGCUAGCUUGGGGCAACCCUAG